AUGGAUGAUCUCUUCGAAACACUCCCACGACACACUUGUAGCUGGAUAAAAGCUCUAAGUAUUCCAACAAAAGGAAAAGGUGCUUACUACAAGUAUGAAGGCUUUUGGAACUUCCGCAUAUUACUUGAAGGAGCUAUUUUGGCUCAACGAACCUUCAAGGCUCAACCAAGUGACGUAUUCUUGUGCAGCAGUCCAAAAGCUGGCACAACUUGGCUAAAGGCCUUGGCUUUUGCCAUUGUAACCCGAAAACAGUUUGAUGCAGCGUCCAGCCCGUUGCUUACCACAUUCCCUCAUGAUUGUGUUCACUACCUCGAGUCAGGCCUUGAACAGAUCAAUGAAAACCACAAGAAUUCAGACUUCCCACUUGUGGCUACACACCUUCCUUAUGCUUCCUUGCCGAAAUCAGUCGUGGAUUCAGAUUGCAAGAUUGUUUAUAUAUACAGAAACAUAAAAGAUGUCCUGGUUUCUCACUACUGUUACAUGAUAGAAGUAGCAAAGUUACAAGUUGAAGAUGUGCCAUUUGAAGUGGUGUUUGACGAGUUUUGUCAAGGCAUCUCAUGGUAUGGGCCAUAUUGGGAUCAUAUUUUGGGAUACUGGAAAGCGAGCCAAGAAAGGCCUGGAAGAAUUCUUUUCUUGAAAUAUGAAGAUAUGAAAAUGGACACUACAAGCAAUGUGAAAAGACUUGCGGAGUUCAUUGGGUAUCCCUUUUCGAUAGAAGAAGAGAAAACUGGUAUGGUUGAAAGUAUUAUAAAGUUAUGUAGCUUUGACAAUCUGAGCAACCUAGAGGUGAAUAAAAAUGGAAAUUAUCGUCCUGAAAAAAUUGGUGCUGUAGCAAACCGGCACCUUUUCAGGAAGGGCAAGGAUGGUGAUUGGAAGAACUACUUCACUGAUGAGAUGGAAAAAAAGAUGAACAAGCUCGUUGAUGAGAAACUGAUUGGCAUUGAUUUGGUCCUAAAGUGA